AUGCACGAGAGCCAUACUGGAGAAGCCAUGUGGAACAAUGCCGACGGAAAAUUCCCGAUGCUAAAAAGGUUUGCAGGUGGAUUGGCCACAACUUUCCCUGGGACAUCGACCGGUUAG